AAUGCAGAAAAACAGGCUGGAGAUAUUGAGGGACGAAAGGAAGUAAAUCGCGUUUGGAAGAAAGCAGGAAGACAGCAGGACAAGACUGGCAUACAUAAAGUCAAAUGCUAUCGAUGUAGAAGGGAAGGACACAAGUCGAUGGAUAAAAAUUGUAAAGCAUGGGGUCAAACCUGCAGGAAAUGUACAGGGAAAGAUCAUUUUGAACGUAUUUGUAAAAGUAAACCAAGUGGAAAUAAUUUCAGAAAAGAAGAGAAGCCCAAGCGUGUCAGACAAGUUGAGGACGGUGACAGGUAUGCUUUUACUGUAAGAAAUAGUAAUGAUACAAGUGCUAACAUCACUGUUGAUGUUGGGGGGAAACCUAUGCAAAUGAUUAUUGAUUCAAGUGCAACUUGUAACAUUAUUGAUCAGAACUUGUGGGAACACUUGAAGUUAGAAAAUAUUAGAUGUGAAUCCACUAAGUGUAAGCCAAAUGUCUAUCCAUAUGGCAGUGAGGAACCCUUACCUGUUUUGGGGAAAUUUACAGCAAAUGUCACUGUGGGAAAAACCAGUUUGAAUAAUGUUGAAUUUAUAGUGAUCGAGGGCUCGGGAUAAGCCUUGCUGGGACGAGCAACUGCUUCGAAUUUAGGGGUUCUCAAAUUGGGACAAAACGUACAUACUAUUAGUAACAGUGUUGAUACAAAACAACCUCAAGGUAUAGCUAACAUUUUCAACAAGUUUCCCGGGUGUUGUGAAGGAAUUGGGAAACUGAAGGGUUUUCAACUGAAAAUUCCUAUUGAUGAUACAGUUGAACCAAUCGCUCAGCCUAUGCGUCGUGUACCAUACCAUUUAAGGGAUAAAUUAAGUAAAAAGUUAGAUAAAUUUUGGAAUUGGAUAUCAUUGAAGAGGUUAGUGGACCUAGCUCAUGGGUGUCACCAGUCGUGGUGAUCCCAAAAAGGGAUGAUAUACGACUGUGUGUAGAUAUGCGUCAGGCUAAUAGUGGCGUGAGGCGAGAACGACAUCUUGCAGCAAGUUUUACAAGAAUGUGAGGGAGCACAUAAUAUUCUCGAUGAUAUAAUUAUUCAUGGGGAAACAGAGGAAGAACAUGACAUAAGAUUUGAGAAAGUGGUCCAAGUUUUGAAUGAAAGAGGUUUAACGUUCAAUCGGGAUAAGUGUCAGUACAAGAUGGCACACUUGGAGUUUAUGGAUCAUGCACUUUCGGAGCAUGGUGCUGGUCUUACAAAGGCCAAAGUCAGGGCAGUUGCUGAAGCACGCGAACCUAGGAAAGCAGGGGAAGUUCGUAGUUUUCUGGGAUUGGUUAACACUACUGCCCGUUUUAUUCCAGAUUUGGCAACAGUUUCUGCACCUUUGCGGAAGUUGACAAAAGCCAAGGAACCAUUUGUUUGGGGUAUAGAUCAACAGAACUCUUUUAACGAAUUAAAGAAACGAUUAACAUGUGCCGAAACCCUUGGGUAUUUUGAUAAAAAGCAAAAACUACUGUAA